AUCAACCAUGACUCGAUCAGAAAUUGAACACCGAAAUUAACAACACCUGUGUUGUUAUAAACACCAUCGGUCGAGGCAUGACAGUGAAUCAACACCUCGUACCUCUUAUAUCAAAAUGGAGUCUAUUCCUCCUACAUAUACUCCUUCUCCACCAUCGCCGUCAUACUCGACAGAGCUUCUCCCAGGAGAACAAACGGUUGAGGAGACUCAACGCCGGACUGGUUCGACUCAGAACACCGGAGUCUUUCGUAGAAUAACAAACAAUAUCACGCUUGUUUUAAGAGAUCAGCGGCCGGGGAACACAACACCUGUUUACGGCAGAAAUGGACUCGUUCGAGGCCACAUAUCUUUGCGAAGUUCUGAGGGCCUUACGGAGGUCACCUUGAAGCUUGAGGGUCACCUUCGUGUUCAGUUAUCAGGGGCAGCCGUCACCACAUCGGUUGCAUCUGAUUCGUAUUCUUUGUGGAGUUCUUCGUCCACUGAGCCUUGCCCUAAGACUCUCCCGUUUACGAUAUUCUUUCCUUCUACUUUCAUGGAUGGACGUCAACCGCGACCUUUACCUCCCUCUUUUGAGGAUAAACAAGUGACAUCUGGCACAUGUUCCUACACCCUUAGCGUUGUCGUUUCAAAACCUCGACGAUUUAUAUCUUCAUUCCGCUCUAGUGAUUCUCUUGUAGUACCCGUAUGCUAUCAUCCACGUUCUCGCCCACACACCCCCAUGCUUCCGAGUGAUGUACCGUUCAUGACCACGGUGAAAAGCUCACCCGAAGAAUGGCAUCAAGUGCUCUAUACCAUGAACACAACAAAGAGUUCCAAGCUCACGCCAGUACAAUGUCUUCUCUUUAUUCCUUCAGUACAGGUUUACCCACUGUCUGAGACUAUACCGUUCCACCUGCAAUUGCGUGCCCCAUCGAGCUCAUUAGCCCCCUUCCUUGAAAAAUCUGCACCUGGUCGCAGCCUUCCUAUUCUCCUCUCAGGGGAAAUCUCCAUCCGCGUCUACUUACUUCGCCAAGUAGUUGUCAAAGCCUUCGAAGAACAAGCACCGGCGUCCAGCCGAAUAUUAGGAGAAGGCAAAUUGACAUAUUCUCCCUCUCUACCGGAGAAUCACCACUCAUACCGCAACGUCCCCCUUGGCGAGGGCGUUGACUGUCUGGACUGGGAUGGCGAACUGCGGUGUACUGAAGAUGUGACAGUCGCAAGCUUCGCAACGAACGGGCUUUCGGUUAGAGACUUUAUUGUGCUCUCCCUCGAACCUCUGCAACCAAUGACGUGUCCGCUUCUCGCAUUAAAAUGCCAUCAUCCUAUUCGUCUGGUGACAGACCCAUGGUCGGAUCAAGCUGUGACUUGGUAACAAUAGCCGGGACUGAUUAUUUACGGGAUCGACAUACUGCGUACGGGUCUGUUCCGAACAACUCACUCUAUUAUAUUCUGGAUCUGUUAUAAUUGUGGAGCCUAUAUACAUACUAGCUUAUAUUUCCAAGUCAGAUGAUUGGUUUUGCUGUCAGUAGAAUUGUAGUACCCGGGACCCGCUGGGGACCGGCUUGCUAUAAUUGCUGCAACGGCGCACAUUCUUUGUCAUAAACCGAAAGAACAUGAGACUCUCUUUACAAGUGGGAUAAUGGAUAGAAUAUAUGGAACCGGCGGGACUGUACCCAAAAGUGUAGCCAACCACGAACCUUCCGUUAGGUAGACGGGGUACUUUGUAGAUUUCCAAAAAUAGAACGCCUAGGUGCGCUGCUCCGGCGGCAUCGUGUUGAACC